UCGUCGGGGGGAAGAACCAACACAUUACAGCUACGCCAGAUAAUUUUUUUUUUUUUUUUUGCAUUCAUUUUUUUUGUAACAAUGACGGCUUGAUUAGUCUUUCCGUUAAUAAGGGGGAUGCUUGCAGAUGUUUGGGCGUAGAAAUGCAGCGCCCUUUCACCGGAUAACGACGACAUAAUGUCGCUGUGCUCUGGCAAAAUAUAUCCGUUUUCUGAAAGUGUUUAGGAGGUACAGGUUGGUGGCUUGCGCGCUGUAGUCUCGAAGAUGCCGCCUCCUCGGUGCGUUCUGGGUCCUGCAUCGUGCCUUUUGGGCUGAACGAACAGGAAAGUUGUAGAAUAGUGGAUGCAUUAAUGCGAAUAAUUAUUUGGUGACAAAUUCCCCAACACAUUUUAAGUUUCUGAUAGCUCUCCAAUGUGGGUCUUGUAGGCGCGCUGUCGUGUUUUAGAUUGCUGGUCGAUUCACCUGGAUUCCCGGCUACUCACUUUUCGUAAAAUUGCAAGGUACACAUCUAUCCUUUAGAUGUGUUCAAUUUAAAACGACGUCAAAGAUAAUCACGGCAAAAAUGUAGAUCGGCUUCUUAACUUGGGUCGUUAACUGAAUUAUUAAUACGUGCUCCGUAGAACAUCCAAGUGGCUUCAGUGAUAUAUUCGCAAAACUACCUGGAUAUCGCUUACUCGUGAGGAUGCCGUUCAGAUCAUCAAGAUUCACGGGACUCGGUGGACUCCGUACUGGAUCGGAAUAACAUUUGCUUAAUCCCCGCGCAGUGCUACAUGUUACGGGACACAUAUUUGUAUUUACAAUUUAUUGCGCCCAGUAGCUGCACCAUUCAACCUCUGUCCAGCACCUCGGCUCGCCCGUAGGGAGAUGGCCGCGAUCGCCAGCUCCCUGAUCCGACAGAAGCGCCAGGCACGGGAGUCCAACAGCGACCGGGUUUCCACCUCCAAACGCCGCCCGAGUCCGAGUAAAGACCCCCGCUCUCUGUGCGAGAGGCAUUUUUUGGGGGUUUUCAGCAAAGUCCGCUUCUGCAGCGGGAAGAAACGAGCUGUCCGACGGAGACCAGAUGCCAACACCAACCCUCCACAGGUGCGCCGUAAGGGCGUCAGGCUAGAGCCGCAGCUGAAAGGCAUUGUGACCCGACUCUUCAGCCAGCAGGGCUUCUACCUGCAGAUGCAGCCUGACGGCGCCAUCGACGGGAGCAAGGACGAGAACAGCGACCUCACUCUGUUUAACCUGAUCCCAGUGGGGCUGAGAGUAGUGGCCAUCCAGGGGGUGAAGGCAGGCCUCUACAUCGCCAUGAACGGGGAGGGCUUCCUCUACAGCUCCGAAAUGUUCACUCCGGAGUGUAAGUUCAAGGAGUCCGUGUUCGAGAACUACUAUGUCAUCUACUCAUCCACGGUGUACCGGCAGCAGGAGUCUGGCCGGGCCUGGUUCCUGGGCCUCACCAAGGAAGGGCAGGUGAUGAAGGGCAACAGGGUGAAGAAGACCAAGCCCUCCUCACAUUUCGUCCCCAGACCCAUCGAAGUUUGCAUGUACAGAGAGCCUUCAAUGCAUGAGAUCGAGGAGAAGCAACGCUCGAGGAAAAGCUCAGGGACCCCCACUAUGAACGGAGGCAAAGUGGUGAAUCAGGAGGCGACAUAGCAGGACCAGGAGUCGCCUCCUCCUCCUCCUCCGCCCCGUCCUGCUCCUCCUCACAGCCGAACUCCUCCUGCAUUUCUUACACCACGUGCAACGGAAAAAAAACGGAACAAGGAAACACAGAACACGGAAAAAAAACUGGAUCCUACUUGCCUGUGAAACAUUUUAGACGAAAUAGGGGAAAUAAAAAAAACAAAAACAUUUUAAAUCAGGACACAAAUUUACAUUUUAUGCAAAAGUCUGAAAACACUGAACAGUUAAUCUCAUAACUAUAUUUAACAUUAUGCUUCCAGAAUAUAAGCUUUAAACCAUGUUAGAAUUCUCACGGCUUCUUUUCUGAAUGAGUCGGAGCUUUCACCUGCUUACAUGUGUUGCUAUGAUUAUCAUAUAUAAUGUUAUUAUUGUUAUUAUUAUUGUUAUUAUGAAUGAUUGCUCUUU